AUGUCUUGGGUCAGAGAGAAUUGUCUGUCUUUCUUUCAAAUGUUUUGUAUAAAAGUUGUGAAGACCGGUCGUAUCCCGAAACAUGUCGCUUUUAUUAUGGAUGGUAACCGUCGAUAUGCGAAAAAGAACAGCGUCGAUAACAGUGCUGGACAUUAUAAAGGCUUUGAUAAGCUGUCCGAAACUCUGAGGUGGUGCCUAGACCUAGGAAUCCCAGAAGUAACAGUGUAUGCAUUCAGUAUUGAAAACUUUAAAAGAAGUAAAGAAGAAGUUGAUGGUCUUAUGGAUUUAGCUAGAGACAAGUUUCGAAGAUUAAUGGAUGAAAUUGAUCAAAUCAACGAGUGGGGUGUGAGGAUACAUAUUGCAGGCAGGCUGUCUUUACUACCAGAGGAUUUGCAAGCGCUAGUAUCGAAAUCCAUGCUGGCAACGAGGCAUAACAAUAAGCUUAGACUUAAUAUUGCUUAUGCCUAUACAGGUAGGGAUGAAAUCAGUAGAGCUGCAUCUCACAUAGUAGAUGGAGUGAAAAACAAUGAUAUACCACCAGAAGACAUUGAUGAUGAGCUUGUAUCAAAAAUCCUAGAGUUAAGGGAAGCUGAACUUCUUGUGAGGACAUCAGGCGAAGUGAGAUUGUCCGACUUUAUGUUAUGGCAGGUUUCCAACACUGUGCUGUACUUUACGGAAGUUCUAUGGCCGGAGUUCAGUAUUUGGAAUCUUUUGGCAGCCAUAAUACACUUCCAAAGAUAUGCUCCAUCACCCAAACAGCCAGAACAUCUCAGUGACACAAAGAAACGGUUUUUGGAAAAGUUGGAAAGCCAAAGAUGGCAGCAUAUUGAGAAAAUAGUCAAUUGUUCGUUAUAUGCAUAG